CUCGUCAACGUCACUAGCAUUUCGGAACCAGAAAGAGCAUAGUCCACUUCGUCUACUCUCAGGCAAGAACUCAUCAUGAAUCGCUUUGCAUUGUCUGCCUUCCUGGCAAUUGUCCUGAUGGGUAGCCUGGUCUCCGCCAGCUGGCCACCAGAGCCCAAAGAUAUCAGUUCCAGUAAUUGUCAAAAAGAAAUAUGUUCGGAUGUGAGUUUCGCGACCAAACUGGUCUGCAAGGGAUUUUGCCUUGGACGCAAACGCUUCUGGCAGAAAUGCGGCAAUAAUGGCUCCAAGGGCAAGGGCAGCAAGAUUUGCAAUCCUGUUCUCGCAUACGCUGUUGAGAAGGCCGGCAAGGGUUUGAUAAAGGUCACCGAUAAGGCCGUCGCCGCCAUCGUCAAGUACGCCGGAUAGAUAACGACGCCACGUAUUGAAAGCCAUGCAUACUUCCGAAAACACGAACUGGUGAAAUCUAGAAAAGAUGCAUCGAAAUGGGAACCUUUGUUUGAAAUAUUCAACGCUCCAAAUUUAACUGUAACGUAUUGUCUGUAGCCUUAUGGUGACUGGAUAAUAAAACGAACUUUCCAUUAUA